CUAACAAACCUAAAACCUCUUCAUCUCCGCCUUAACCUGCACCGGUCAAACUCUUCUCAGUAGUAACCCAAAAUCCUAAGCCAAUGGACAUCUCUCUAACCAGAGGAGUCCUUGCCCAUGGCGGAAGACCCAAUCUCCUUCCUUUCGGUCCUCUCCAUUCAACUCCAACUUCCCAACAGUGGCCUCCUUCGAAUCUCCGCUUCUCCACCCGAAAGCCUUUGAGUUCUCAAAUUAGGGUUAGGGUUUCUGCAACUGGAGUUUCAUCGGUUGAAGGAGAGAAAAACCCAGUUGUCCGACGGAUCAAGAAUGCUGCUAAAACUGUGAUCUUGACAACAACAUUCGCAGCUUUGACACUCGGGAGAUUCUCUGGGUUGCCUGCUAGAGCUGAGGCUCCGGCGACAUUGACGGAAGAGAAGCAGGAUUUUGAAGAGGAAGAAACCAAGGAAUCUCCGCUUUCUCAGUUUCUUGAGUCGCAUUCUGAUGCUGUUGAUGCGUUGAAAUCUCUCUUGCAGCGGAAGUUGGAAGACGGAGAAGACGAGGAAGCUUUGAAGAUAUUGAGACGUCUUGUUGAGGUUCAACCGUCGGAGGUGGAGUGGAAGUUUUUAAUGGCGAGGUUGCUGAAUGAGAUGGCAGAGAAAGGUGAAGCUCGAAAGGUUUACGAAGAGAUUUUGGCGGUAAAUCCUCUCUCUUUCGAAGCCCUAUUCGAGAAUGCCUUGCUGAUGGACCGUUGUGGAGAAGGAGUGGCUGUUUCAAAGCGACUCGAAGAUGCACUGGAACUUGCAGAGGAAGAGCAGAAGAGUAAGGAAGCGCGUGAUGUGAGGUUAAUUAUGGCUCAGAUUCAGUUCCUUCAGAAAAAUGUUGAUGAGGCUUUAAUGAGUUACAAAGAAUUAGCAAAGGAAGACCCAGAAGAUUUCAGGCCUUUUUUCUGCCAAGGUGUGAUUUAUAGCUUGCUUGAUAAAAACGAGGAGGCACGAGAACAGUUUGCAAAGUACCAUGAUCUUUCGCCAAAGAAGUUCGAGGUAGAGGGUUUUCUGCAGACUCCAUUGACGAGGAUGAAGCUCUUUGGGACUGAUUCAGAGAAUUGAAAUUGGGGAUUGUUUUGCUGCUGAGGAUUUAAAUAAUUGGAGAGAUGACUCAUCUCUCCAGCCGGCAACACUGGGUUUCCUGAGAUAGAUCAUGGAAUUGAAGAAGUUUGAUCAUGACACUUGGAUGAUGGAGAUGGCCACUUCAAGCUCGAGACAAGUUCUUUCAAAUGGAGGAGAAUGAUGCAGCCAUAAUGUCACUAGUCAUUAAUUUCCAAUGGUUAUAUUUCAAUGGUUUUAUUCCAACAGCUAUAUUUCAACGGCUAGUUAUCCCUUCCCCUAUAUAUAUUUGUAUUGUGAAAUAUAUAGAAGCAGGGAGACCUCCUAUUCGACCUUUGUUAUCUUGUAACUGGUUUCAUAUUUGGGCAAUAGUACUGUUCUAUAUUCUCUAUAUAUUUUUGAGCUGCAUCAUAUGCAAAUUCAUAAAUUGACCCCCUAUUACUCCUAAAUUAAUUUAGAACCCAAAAUACUACGUGGAAUAGCGAAAACAGACAUGUAUUUGACAGUAUUUACUCAAAACUCAGACUCGAAAACAUAGCAUUAAGUAAGAAAACCCAACCAGCUUUCAUAGUGACUCUAGGACUUGAUCAACUUACAUAUGGACCGAAAGUGGACAAUAAAGAAUGAUUGAAAAAUACCCCGACAGAUUUGGACUAAAACCAUCCUACUUGACUGAGCUCCUUUUCCUAACUCCCACCCUCAGUUCCGGUCCAUUAAAAUGGUCCAAUACAAUGAAAACUUAUAGGAUCAAAGGGAAAGAUAUUUGCAAGUGUAACCCACCCAAAGCUUAUUUCCACCAAAGGAAAUUCACUUUCGUUAUGCUCCUGUGGCAUCCAUGCUUUAGAUUAUGUCGAGUUUUCCUCGUUGAAUGGAUUAAGAUGCCCGAGGAAGCACCUCUUUUCCAUUUCAUUGGUAUUUAGCGUUUACUGAAUUACCAUGUCUUAAUAGCAUUUUGGGUUGGUUUGCAUCUAGACUUGGAUCAUCAAGAAUGCGGAUGGAAUAUAAUUGUAGCUUAUUGUGUAGUGGACUCGGUAUAAUUUUGAUUUCUCUCUGUGAAUUAACCUUUUACCAAGAAAA